CGCCGUAAGGGAAAGUGCUUCGCACUCUUCCGGUUUCCAGUAUAUCUUCUCUGCCCGCGUUUUACUGGCCCCGCCAGACAAAGGCCCUCUCUCUUCCCGCUUCCACCGCUUCCGUUUAUCGUUAUGUCCGCUGUUUCUGGGCGCGUCGCAAUUUGCCUGCUGCAGCUUGCGACGGGCCCCGAAUGCUGGCGUGGUUUCAUUGUUUUUGCGUAAUCUGCAGUCCUUGGAACGCACGCGUGCACGUAUGAAUCGUAUCCGAGGUGUGCGUUCCAGCUGCCCCGACUGGUGUCUCGGUUGUCGCGCGCGUUUGUGCGUCAUCCAGUGGGGACUUCUCACGAAGCCCUUUGCCAAUAUAUUCUCGGUACCGCUGGUGCAAUAUUUCGGCCGUUUUGUUGGACGGCCUUUAUGUGUACUACACGCGCUUUCGCAAUCUUCGGUUGCCGUGCUUCGCCGCGGGCUGGCACAAGUUCGUAGAGCUCCCGUGUAAGAACGGAGCGGAGAAACCACAAAAAAGAAAAAAAAAAACUAAAAGACGCCUAUCGGAAGGCCUGCUAUUAUCGUUCAGGAAGUGAAAAGGAAAAGUGGACCGACGGUUCCCCGUCCGCGCUGUCUGGACAUGCAUGAUUUCAGGGCGCAGAUAAAGUAUACUCUACUGGAUGAGCGGGACAUCACACUGGUCCACGAGUACUCGUUUGAGGCUCGUGUGGAGGUGGACAAGGACGGCAAUGGAGCCCAGAUAUUUGCCUACGCUUACGAGAUGAACCAGGGAAAGAGCACUGGGCAGUACCUGCACCAGCUGCUUUGGGAACGGCACUUUGGCGGAGUUGCCCCUGGGUUCCGGGUGGCACACCUGAAUGGGGUCACCAUGGACAACCGGCUGGAAAACCUAGCACUAGAGCGGAUAUGCCUGCCCUUGGCACCCCAUGUGGCUGACAUGCACAUGCCAGCUUCCCCCUCCUCGUCGCUGGCAGAGUCCCAGCCCAACAAACAGCGCGAGCAGUCGCUCUACUGGGCUGCCAUCCAGCAACUACCACCGGAGCACCUGGUUGAAGAGCUCGCAGAUGCUGCCGUCACCAAGUAUUACAAUGCCAACGGCGAAGUUAUUGAGGAAGACGAGGAGGGUGGCUGCUACUAUGAGUGCCACUAUCCACCCUGCAGCAGCCUGGAGCGGGAGCCCCGUGAGUUUAGCAUCUGUGGCCGCUGCCAAGCAGCCCGCUACUGUGGCCUCUUCUGCCAGCAGCGUGACUGGCCCUUGCACAAGCGCCACUGCCGCCCCAGGCUCCGAGCGCAUCGCGAGAAACCCCCAGAGCGAUGACGUGGGCUCACCGAUCCAACGUUAAUCCGGGGCGGCCCGUCAUUCGAGCUCUGCACCGCUUUUCCACUUAGGGGACCGCUGCCUUCCUUCGCUGUCAGCUCUGGCUUGCCAGUUUCACCUGCCGGCUGCGGUUAGAAGGAACAGCACCACUGGGACCUGCACUCUAGAGGUGGUGACAGGCUUAGUCCUGUGGAAGCCCUGUCGACUGAGCAGUGCUGUUUCGUCUGCCCAGUGUCACGGGGCACAGUGGGUGUGGUGUGCUCUGCCACUGCACAUGUGCACCCACUGCAAAGGCGAUGCCAGAUCUCCAGAACUUGGCAUCUGUGAGCUGUGGUGGUAGUGACGGCUCUACCUUGUUGUGGGAAGAGGUCUCGCUAAUGGAGCACUGCACUGCUCUUGCUUCACUGCCAGCACAUGGGUGCACAAACAGUGGGGUGCCGCUUGCACUUGGCAGUGGCCAUGUAGUGCUGAGAAUGGUAGAGGCGUCAGCUCCCACCACUUGAUCACCUCUGUGUGUAUGGCAGUGCCUGUUCCCCAUUUGAACUUCUGAGUGUUUUCGUACUCUGUGGCGCUGGCUAUUAAAGCAGUGCAUGCAUGUGUGUUGUCUCUUCCUCUUGUUUGCUCACAAUCAUGUCAAUGCCUCCAUCGUGCUUUUAUUCCCUUUUUUUUUAACUGGUGCUGUUACCUUCCCAUGUGUUCUCCCUCUGGUUUGUCAUUGGUGCUCUGUUUUGCUGUUAGGUGUUUGCCCAUCGAAAGUGCGCUUUGUUGUUGGCAGCAUGCAGUUUAAUGUUUGAGUUGUAUCGUUCCCAGGCUCAUUCUCACUUAAGGUUGUGCGGGAGAGUGGUAGUGUUGAGAAGUUCUUGCGAUGUCGUUGACAUUCCUUCGGGGCUUCCCUAUUUUCCAUAUGUCCAGCUUUGUUGCUUGCAGUUGUCAGGUGGACUAAUAUAAAUUGCAUACAUUAUUAGUGUGAGCAUGCACUCUGCACCCGUUCUGAUGUGCUCACACUUGGGAUGCUACAUUGGCACGAUGUGCCUCCCAGGUUUAAUUUCAAGCUGGAGCAUCCGAGCCUGCAACUGCAAGCAGUUUCCAUGCCAGCAGAAGUCUCCAUUUUGUCCAAGGUAGUGGCUGGAAGCACAGUCCUUCUAGUUCUCUACUAAUGUGAAAAACGAGAGCACCCGGAACUGACUAAAAAAAUGCUUUGUGAGGCCUUGCAAUAGCACUUUUCACCAAGCUUGAAGUGCCAAGCACAGCUGCUAGAAAGCCUUAUUAAUUUGCUGCGGAUUUUGUCGUAGUAGAGGGCCCCCCCCCUCACCCCCACCCCACCUACUCUUCCGGAGGGUCUAAUACUGAGGUGUCUUGUAGUACCCAAGGAGAUCUCAAGCUUAUUUGAAUGAAGCAGUAAAUGAAGAGUAAUCACUCCCUUGCAGUAUUAACUGCAUUUAACUUCUCUAAAGAGAUUGCACUGUUGGUAAACUGCUCCCAGUAGCUGUUGGGUACACUGCCAAUUGUAUCUGGAGCCAGUCAACUAUGCUUGUAGGAACAGUGUUUUAAUGGGGCCCCCCAAGAGUUGGUCUGCAGUCUCUGCACCCUUUGAUGUUGGAUGGUAGUGACAGUUCUCAGAUAUUCAGUCCAACCUCCUGCCCACAACUGCCACUGUAAGCACACCAACCUGUAUAGCCUACAGGUAGUCCAAUCUAAGGGUAAUGCGACAUGAAACAUGGAAAGUGCAGAUGUUGCCAGAGUUAAUGUGCUGAAGCAAGUUUUGGUUUUGCCCUUGGUGUGAUGCCCUUUCCAGUGUGUUUGGUAAUGUGUGGCCAUGCAAAUGCUGCUUGGUGCAAGAGCUUGCACAGGCUGCUUCUGGUGACAUUGAAACAGCGUCCUUAAAGUUGCUGCAGUAGUGAAGGCCACCAGAAUCGUGCUUGUGCCAUCGGUGGCACUUGUUUCCACCAAGAAGCUACAGACGCAAGUGUUGCGAGAGAACUUUGAAAGGAUCCAGUUGCUACAGGCUUUCCCACUGCAGUUGUAGUAGUAGCACCUCCAUGCCGUCAGUGCGCUCUGGCAAAUUGUCGGCACUGCUCAUGCACAUGGUCUGUGAAGCCCACUUUCCCGAGCAAAAGCACCACAGAGAUGUCUACCUCCCUCGCAUAACUUGUACAGAUCUGCUGUUCUUGUGGGUCUUGUAAGCUACAUUUCUUACCAAAGCCUUUUGUUCAAGUGUUGUCCACUUGCAACACCAUGGUGGCGUAGUGUGCCACUGCCGCCUUUUUGAUGGUGAUGUGCAGGCCUGUUGGUUAGCUGUCAAGUUUUUCUGUCCACAGCACACUGGGUGAGAAUGCAGUUUGAAUGGAGUGGUAGCUUUUGCAUGC